AUGGAUUCCAGCGAAACUGCUCUGCAUGCAGGAGACCCAUUGUCGCCGGGGCCCUUCCACCUCGUCGUCCCGCCAGAUCCGGGUUCCGCUGCUUCCACUGUGGUCGUGCUUGCUGCUAGUAUUGAGCGCAGGACCGUCCGCGUGCGCUACGUUGCCCCGGGAUCAGUCUGCGGCUACGGAGUCGUUGGCAACGGUACCGGACUAUCACCGCUCGUCUGGCUACACUCAGAGGACCCGUUCAGGCCGUCAGACCUAUUGCAGCAUGUGCGCCAUACCGCGCCCCUGGCGAAUGGCAAGCCCGUAGAGGAGCUGCCGGAGCUCGGCUUGGACAACCUGGCCUUGCUCAACGACAGAGGACUCGACGGCAAUCCGGUCGCAUUGACGGCUAUCGACGAGGUCACGCAGCUGCCCGCUUGGUUUUCGGGGGAGACGCCGGACGAGUCUGGAAGGCUCCACAACGCGACUGCCUGUGUUGUGGUUCUCGUUGAGUCCGAGAGGGACUCGGGCGACCUGGCGGCAUUCUACUUCUACUUCUACUCCUACAACCGCGGCGCUAACAGCACUCAAGUGCUAGAGCCGCUAAAAAGCAUGAUAGAGAAGGAUAUCGAGCCUGGAAUGAAUUUUGGGGAUCAUGUUGGGGACUGGGAGCAUAACAUGGUUCGGUUCCGGGACGGGGAACCUACCGGCAUCUAUUUCAGCCAACACUCUGACGGCGCUGCUUAUGAGUGGGACGAUUCGGCUCUGACAAUAGAAGACGAGCGGCCCGUUGUAUACAGCGCAUAUGGGUCUCACGCGAACUAUGCGUCUCCCGGAGCCCAUGUCCACGAUGCGGUGAUAAAGGACAACUGUGACGCAGGCCUGCGAUGGGACCCCGUGUCUUCAGCAUACUUCUAUCGCUUUGAUCCCCCCACCUCCGAGAUGACCCGGAUAUUCCCACCUGGAUCACCCCAAGGGUCCAACUUCACGUCAGCAAUCUACUUCUCCGGGCUGUGGGGCGACGCGCAGUAUCCGGACAGCGACCCUCGCCAGAAGACGGUUCCGCGCUUCGGCCUGAAACGCUACGUCUCCGGCCCGUCUGGCCCGAUAACGAAGAAGCUUGUGAGAAAGGGUCUGUUCCCCGACCACCGCGAGCCCAAGUCCUGGCUGCAGUGGGGCGUCGGCCUCUUCAUGUCGCUCUACCCAUGCUGUUUGCGUGGAUGGAGAGUCUGGGCUUCGGGCACGAUACUCCUUUUCGUGUUGGUUUCGAUGAUCUUCGGCAUCGUAUAUGCUGUGAGGCGGUACAGAUCGAGGAGGGCAGGAUACAAGAAGGUCGAUACUGGUGCGGAUAUACCGCUGAAUAACCUGGACUAUAGGGACGACGUCACUGGACACGGCCACCCUUCCGAUGACCACCAACGAUGA